AUGCGCUUUCAUGUCCUCGGAGUCGGCGCCAUUGGAUCUUUGGUAGCCCAUCAUCUCCGCAACGUCGUUCCGCGUGAAAAUCCAGUCGUUCUGCUCCAUCGCACUCGCAGUCAGGCGAAGCGAGCCCGCGUCGAUCAUAUUUCUACGGUGAAGGUGGAAACGCAGGGCAUUGUCAAAGAGGCACAAGGUUUUGCGCAAGAGGUCGCUGAGGGUGGGGAUGCUGCCAAGAGUGACCAAGACCCCAUUGACUCUGUCAUUGUAACCACCAAGGCUCACAGUACCAGAGCAGCCAUCGCCAAGCUAUUACCUCGUCUCUCUGCCAGCAGCACAGUUGUUCUCAUGCAAAACGGUAUGGGUGUAUACGAGGAACUCGUCGAAGAAGUCUUCAAAAACCCUACCUCGCGACCCCACUUCAUCCUGUGCUCCAAUAGCCAUGGUGCAUGGCUGAAAAACUCGUUCCAUUCUGUUCAUGCUGGCGUCGGCGACCUUCAGCUCGCCGUCAUGCCGAAUAGAAGGAACCGGGAUUACGAAGCGUCAUUAUCGUCGCAUACCGGUCCGCAAUUUGACAAACCGCUGCUAUCUCUCGAUGACAUCACCCGUUCUGAUGACCCUUCUUUGGCUCGUUAUCAUACCCUUCGGAACACCGUCGCCGCACUGUCUUCUUUGUCGAGCCUAUGCCCCAAAUGGGUGCCCAUGUCAGAACUACAGGUUAUUCUCCGCCGGAAGUUGGUAGCAAACGCUGCUAUUAACCCCCUCACUGCUCUUAUGGGCUGCCGGAAUGGAAACCUUUUUCGUGAUACAGAGUCCAUCAAGAUGCUUAACAACCUGUGCAAGGAAGCUGAGGCUGUCUUCCUUGCCGAGCGACAGCAGGCGAACGAAGGGAUGUCGGACAGCUUACAGCAGGAAGUCUCCACGGGGCAUAUAUCUCCUCCGUCUCUAGAUCCUAGGCUAAGGCACAGUGCGCUGGUGGAGUCUACCAUCCGCGUAUCCCGCACAACAGGUGCAAACAUUUCGUCCAUGUUAAGCGACGUGCGUCGGAAUUUGCCCACCGAGAUAGACUACAUAAAUGGGUUUUUAUCGAACCGAGGGCAACACCUUGGCAUACCAACGCCUCUGAACGACGCGUUGACUUCCCUCGUGAAGAUUAGAAAGCAUAUUCCUUUGGAUCAGCUCAUGUAG